ACACCAUUUCUGCAGUUUUUAGUUCCUAAUAUUUCUCAGAACGAAAAAGGAUCAUUUUUUAUUGUUUAAUCUUUCUCAAGCAAAAAAUGGCUUUGGAGAUCUGUGUUAAGGCCGCUGCUGGUGCCCCUGACGUUCUUGGAGACUGUCCUUUCUGCCAAAGGGUUCUUCUUACUUUGGAGGAAAAGAAGGUUCCUUACAAGCUGCACCUUGUCAAUCUCAGUGAUAAACCCCAAUGGUUCUUGGAGAUAAGUCCAGAGGGGAAGGUACCAGUGGCGAAGUUUGAUGACAAGUGGGUGGCUGAUUCUGAUGUGAUUGUUGGAAUUAUUGAAGACAAAUAUCCUGAGCCUUCUCUCAAAACUCCACCUGAACUUGCCUCUGUGGGAUCAAAAAUAUUCGGAACUUUCAUCACAUUUUUGAAGAGCAAGGAUGCAAAUGACGGAUCUGAGCAGGCUUUGGUUAAUGAACUGAUGGCAUUGGAUGAACAUCUUAAGGGACAUGGUCCGUUCAUUGCCGGAGAAAAGAUAACCGCUGUCGAUCUAGCUUUGGGACCGAAGCUGUACCAUCUUCAGAUCACUCUUGGCCAUUUUAAGAAGUGGACUGUUCCUGAAAGCUCGACUUAUCUCCACAAUUACAUGAAGGCAGUUUUCUCUCGGGACUCCUUCCUGAAGACGCAGGCCGCCAAGGAACACGUGAUUGCUGGAUGGGCGCCUAAGUUUGAUGCAUGAGUCUGUUCGAAACCAGUAGGUGUUUCACACUGUUUCGGAACAUAUAAACUCAUGAAGUGUGUUGGGACUAUGGCAAAAACCAGAUGAACACUUAGCUGGUCCAGUCAUCUAAUAAGUGUUCUGAGCGAUGUGGUACAAUAGUACAUUGUUCAUGCUAUUAUUAAUCAGUAAAUUUGGGGUCUAAU